UCAACGUGAGAGUUGAUGCACCAUUUGGGCAGGCACCGCUUGCGCAAUGUGGACGGCCGGUCCAGUGCAGCAUGCGCCAUGUAUACACUACUGUCAACGCCAAAGCCUUAUCUUUCCUGCCUUCUUCCUUACUUCUUCUACCCCCCACUUCGUCUGCCUGCCCGCUGUGGCUGAUGCUCCGCUUCGGAGCCUGACGACGCGCACGCCACUGGACACACGGAUCUUGGAUAAGGGGACGAAGACGGAAGACGAAGACGAAGACGAAGACGAAGACGCCGACGACAACGAAUACGAGGCCUACGCGGACCACAUCGGAUGCCCGGCCCCGCCGCCUCGUACCCACCCAGCUACUACACCCCCGAAGUCGCGCGCGCCUAUGUCAGCAACACCCUCAUCCAGAACUACAUCAAUUAUGCUGUCGCGACGCUGCUGGUCUACGAGCUGCUGACGACGCUCGACGAUGAGAUCGCGCGCGUGUGGUCCCUUAAGUGGCGGCUCCCCAAAAUUCUCUUCAUGCUCAACCGCUACUUUAUCCGCGGGAUCCUCAUCGCGCUGUGGAUCCUCGCGGACUUCCCCGGCACCAGCCCCGAGUUCUGUCGCAUCUACUCGUACUGGCAGAUGAUUCCUCUCAGGCUGGCCAUCAUCGCGGCGCAGGGGCUGGUGGUCAUUCGCGUCUGGGCUAUUUAUAAUAAUUCUCGGUUUAUGUGGUGGAUUCUGACUAUUCUCUAUACCCUGGAAUGUCUCGUCAUGGCAGCUUGUAUAAUUGUGGCAACAGCAGAUACUCAGGGCAUUGCUCAGCCUGCACCGCUCAGUUGUGGUCUCCACUCGCGGUCGGGCUAUUUAUUGAAGAUGUAUGCAAGUGGGACCUGGAUCGCCCCUGUCUGCUUUGAGUUCAUCAUGCUAUUGAUCACUCUGGCGAAGGUGGUGCCUCGGUGGAAAUUAGGCGGAAGGAAAGCCGGACAGUGGGGAAUACUCGGGAGCUUCGGAACUGGUGGCAACGACACGCUAGAUGUGCUCGCGCGCGACUCGCUUGUCUACUUCCUCUUCAUAUUCACCUUUUCGCUCACGAACGUUAUCAUCUACGAGUUCGACUUCUCUGCGUACUUUCGCGCUGUGCUACUCGGGCCCACAUCUGCCAUCUCGUGCAUCGCCGUGUCUCGCAUGAUGAUCAACAUCCGCUCGCUCCCGUCUUCGGCGCUCGACCAUCCGACCACCGUGGGCCGCGUUGAGCUGAGUUUCAUGGAAACUGGGGACGACGAGGACCACGCACCUCCGCGGCCCAACGUACGGACGUAUCAGGCUCUGGACUCCGACAGGCCGUCAGGCCGACACGCAUCGUCGGCCCCUUACGCCGAGGGGGGGAUCCCGGACUCCGCAACGACCCCAGGGUUCCCAGCAGCUUCGCAGAGUGCGCCGCCGGCUCUGCUGAACGGGGGGUACUCCAAGGUCGUGCUCGUGCCAGCGUCGACCGAAGGAGCUGAGAGCCAGCGAACCUCAGUUGAGGGCACGCGCAUCGGGCUGGAGGAGGACGAUAUCGAAAUGGAUCUGCGGAAGAUAUUGACGCCACCGACUUGAUGUGUACGCUGCGAGUGAUCAGUCAACGAAUGUAUCACUUCAUUGCUUACUGAUGGCGGGCCGCUCGUUCGUUCGCAUCUUCCCAGGACCCUUCGUGUUGGCCGAUGUACUUACUGUAUACCCGCUACUAACCUCCUCACCUACCUAUCCUACUCUACAUGCCACGCAGUGUAAAGAUUCCCAAGUGUAUCAUAGUUGCUACUUACGGAGAAUAUGCCUCGAUGAGAACCGCGGACUGGUCGGAAGAUUCUGAUUUAG